ACAGAAAUCUCAGUAUCAAAACAAUAAUCAUGAUUCAAAACGAAGCGCUUUAGUCUACGUUUCAGUUAUUGCAUUAAAACUACAACAACAUGGAACAAACAAGACAGUAAAUUAGCCUAUAGGCCUAAUGUACAUUUUAAUAUAUUGCCAAAUGGCGUAUUGACUACAACAUUACAUUGUUGAUGCUUUUUCUAAGAGAAGAAAUAUGAGCUUUUAAUUGUAGGCCAUCGUCUCCUUUUGAAAAGAAACAGCUGAAAACACUACACCCAUUUUACACACACAUUAUUGAGUAUACAAACACGAAUAGCGCCUGCUGCUAAAUGUGUAGAGCCUUGUAAAGACCACGAUAAAAAUGAUCAUUUUGUCUGUGUAAGUAAGACCGGACAUAUAAACACAGAUACUGCUAGUAAAAGGACGGUGAAAGAAAAUGCUAAAACAGCAGGUGGCGUUUAUUUUCGCCAAGCUAUGCAAAAAAUGUCUUUCCCUACAAUUUCGUAAAUGAUAAACUGUCAACUAGUUUUUUUGUUUUGUUUUGUUUUUUUAAGUGAACGUUAUAUAUGUGUAUCGAGUAGCCUAUCGUAUAACACGCAUAGUCAUUCCUUCCUGUCGCUUGUGUGUAUCCAUAUAUGUAAUGCAUUUUUUAGCCUGUACCGCAUAAUUGAUGGCAAUAUAAUAGCCAGCGAGGCUACAUUACUAUUGUCCAAUGUUCAGCAGGGGUAUGCUAUGAUUUAUAUGACUAGUCCCAGGUUACUGCAAUCAGGAACCUGCAAUCAGAAACACACAUCAAAAUAGACACAACAAAAGAAUUCCCGUGUUUAACCAACACUAACAUACAACACUUUGAUUGUUAACAGUUUAGUAUCUGUAACAUGCUAAUUUAUCAAAGUAAUCAAAACAAGCUUAUGAAAUCUCGUCUUUUGAAUUGGGUCAUAAUGCGUAGUGCAGAGUACGCAUAUCACUGUGCUGUUGUUCGUUCUUGUUUUUCUUCAGCGGUUCUCAUUGAAAUUCCAGGUUGAAUCGAGCGUCACGCUCUGCUGAGUAUACAUCACUCCGGCUUCAGUAAUGACGUCUCCGAAGGGUGAAAUAAUGGGAAACGUAUUCAUAGUCAUGAUUUUCAUUAGGUAGCAAUUAACCCAGCAGACUCUGCCCUGCCUUGCCCUCACCUAGUCAAGGGUAAACAACACUGUCAUUCAUUUCAAAGUUUGCGUUUCCAAGCAAUAAUAUAUAUAUUUUUAAGCAGACUGAAUUAGAGACUUGUAGGCCUGUCUGUCGUUACUAAUCUGAUCCCUAUCUGUUCUGAACGUUGUAUUUUUUUUGUAUGUUUAUCAAUAAAAUAUACCCUUAUUAUAGAUGGAAAUAACUAAAGACCUGUAGAGAAAAAAAGUCCCAUUCAUUAAUCCACCGAGACUACAUUUGAUCUUGCUCCUUCGGAACAAAAUUAUAUAUUUCUUUUCUUUGCUGUUUGUGGUUGUACACUGAGUGGCGCAGUUUUUUUUUUUUUUUAAAUGCGCACCACGGCUCUCAGUUGUACUGUACUCCUGCAGCGAUGGUGAGAUAUAUUAAUGCGCCAAUUAUCUUAACCCAAUCUCUAUGCUCAGAUGGUUUUGAAAAAAUAUAUUCAGAUCACAGAGGGGGUACUUUGUUUGCCUCAGGACUGGUAAAUGUAAAACGAAGCAAAAGAUUUUCCAAACAGUGUGAGCUUUCAUUCUGUCGGGUGAUUUAAAGGAAACAAGAAAAGCUUAGAGGCAGCGAUUAUAUCGCAUACAAGUAAGUCAUCGCUGACCACUGGGCUGCAUUAGCCAUUAUGAAUAUUAACUAGACCGCUGGAAGAGAGAAACUCUGCAGUCAAAGUUAUUAUUUUGUUUUUGCUUGUUGUUCUCAGAAACUUUGCCAGCAAUAGAGAUGAGUUCUUACUUUGUAAAUCCAUUUUAUUCAAAGUACAAGGCCGCUGAGACAAUAGGUCCAACCUACUACGACUGCCCGUUUCCACAAGAUGUUAAUAGCAGGCACGCCGUUAUGUAUGGCAGCAGUGCAAGUUUCCAGCACCCAACACAAGUUCAAGAAUAUUACCAUCAUGGGACCUCAGCAAUCCAGAAUGCGGGAUAUCAACCGAAUCCUUGUGGAAUUACGUGUCACGGUGACUCCAGUAAAUUUUACGGAUACGAUAACUUACAGAGGCAGCAGCUUUUUACCACACAGCAAGAGACCGAGCUGGUGCAAUAUCCUGACUGUAAAUCGUCCAGUAGUAAUACUGGCGAAGAACCAGAGCACUUAAAUCAGAACUCGUCUCCUUCUCAGAUGUUUCCCUGGAUGAGACCUCAAGCUCCUGGUAGAAGAAGAGGCAGACAGACAUACACCCGAUUCCAAACUCUGGAACUCGAGAAGGAAUUUCUAUUUAACCCCUAUCUGACCAGAAAGAGGAGAAUCGAGGUCUCGCACGCUCUGGGGCUCAGCGAGAGACAGGUUAAAAUAUGGUUUCAAAACCGAAGAAUGAAGUGGAAAAAAGAAAACAAUAAAGACAAGUUCCCAUCUUCACGGCCAGAAGACGGAGAAGAGGUUAAAAUGGAGCCUGGCGACUCUGUGCAGGACAAAGCCGACAACGAGACUGCCUGACUGAUUUUUAAAACCUGCCUAAAAUGGGACUUUUAUUAAAUGUCACAAGAGAAAAGAUGGUUAAGGAGACCGCCCUUGUUAAGGGUCUGUGUACAGUUAUAAUAUGCCACUGUUACAAUGAGUGUGUGUUACUGUGGAAGGUGUAAUAGGCUACGUGAGUUUAUCAGCUCAUUUUCCAAUUAUCUAUUGCCUUACUUCAAACGAAAUAAUGUUCGUUAAAUAAAGGGACUGUGUUUAUGAUUUGCACCUUUAUUCUUCCUGAUGAGAAACCAGAAUAAAUGAUUAGAUUUUCUUUAAGUUAACAACACUAAAUUACCAGGAAACUGCACGUGAAAUGAUAUAUUAUGUAUGAUAUGUAGGCCCUGUAGAAUAAGGCCUGUAUAUUACUGGAAUUGAUCAAAAUUCAAGAUUUAUUCUGAAUGUAUGUUAUACCUCUAUAUAUA